AUGCCGACGCUGAUAGAAGGCUUAGAUUUACAUGUACAUUCAGUCAGAAAACAACUGUUUGUUACUGACAGGCGGUUAGAUAGUAUAAGGCAAGCUAUAGCGCAAGACAGAUCUAUGCAAAUCUUGAAACAAACCAUAGUCGAAGGAUGGCCAGCAGAGAGGUCAUUAUGUAAAGCAGAAAUACUCGAUUUCUGGAAUCACCGCGACGAAAUGUCAGUGGAAGAUUCCCUGAUAUUUAGAGGUCAAAAGCUGGUCAUACCCAGUGAACUCAGAUCUGACAUGCUGAGUCAGGUAUAUACAGGUCAUAUGGGCGUAACAAAGACGACUGAAAGAGCCAAAGAUAAUAUGUUUUGGCCAGGCAUGACGAAACAAAUAUCCGAAUAUGUGUUGCAAUGCGAAAUAUGCCUCAAACACAGGGAUUCAAACCCGAAAGAGCCCCUAAUGCCACAUGAAGUCCCAAGCAGGCCGUUUCAGAAAAUCGGAACGGAUAUUUUUCAAUUUGAUGGCAAAAGUUAUUUAGUCACGGCUGACUAUUAUAGCCGUUUCCUAGAGAUAGAUUGGUUACGCGAUAUGCGCGCUGCAACAGUUAUCACAAAACUGAAAGUGCAAAUGUCGCGCUACGGCAUAUGCGACGUUUGCAUCAGCGAUAAUGGGCCCCAGUUUGCAUCACAAGAAUUUGCAGAAUUUUCCCGAAAGUGGAAUUUCGAACAUAGAACCUCUUCCCCAUAUCACCCAAGGUCAAACGGAUUAGCUGAAAAGGGCGUCUCAAUAGCCAAAAAGCUGCUUUUGAAGGCAAAAGAAAGUAACCAGGAUCCAUACAUAUCCCUAAUGGAGUAUCGUAACACACCCCUUGAAUGUGGCUACACCCCUGCCCAAUUAUUAAUGGGUCGUAGAACAAAGUCAGUUGUCCCAGUUACGGAAAAACUCCUAGAACCCAAAACUGUCCCGCCUUCCCUAGUUGUUCAAAAAAUGCUUCAGGCAAAGGAAGUACAAAAAAGAAACUUUGAUAAAAACAGCAAACCCUUGUGCCCCCUAAAUGUUGAUGAUUAUGUACGGAUACAAAUGGGAAAAACUUGGGAGCCUGGAAAAAUUACAAAGAAACAUGAUGCAAGGUCAUAUUCUGUUGUAACAGAAGAUGGUGCUAUUUACCGCCGAAAUCGCCAGCACCUAUUAAAAACAAAUGAGAAUUUCCCCCACAUUGACCCCAUGCAGCUUAACAUUCUAGCCGAUCCUGGAAACAAUUACAACGGCCCGCAGGAAAAUUACUCUGCUAGCACAGGUAAUGACCUCACACUAUCUCAGACUUCUCAAGGUCCUUACAUUACACGGUCUGGUAGAGUGGUAAAGAAAAAUGAGCGCUAUUAUGACAGCCAGUGGGUAAAAUGA